GCGGGGUGUGCUGCGAUAAUUUGUCUUUGGAGUUGAACAUUGUUCAAUAAACGCCCUCCUGAGUGCACGCUGUCCAACAGCGACACGGCGAAGACGUAAAAGGAACGCUCACUUUAUUCGACUUUCCCUUCUCAUUCGAAGACAGCUUUCUAAGACUGCUAUGACGUCUCGCAGGUGGUUCCACCCCAACAUCACCGGCAUCGAGGCAGAGCAGCUCCUGUUGACGCGGGGGGUCCACGGCAGUUUCCUAGCCCGGCCGAGCAAGAGCAACCCGGGGGAUUUUACUCUCUCUGUCAGGCGGAGUGAUGAGGUCACCCAUAUUAAGAUCCAGAAUUCAGGGGACUACUACGACCUCUAUGGAGGGGAGAAGUUUGCGACGCUGGCAGAGCUGGUGCAGUACUACACAGAGCAGCACGACCUCCUCAGAGAGAGGAACGGAGACGUCAUCGAGCUCAAGUACCCACUCAACUGCAAAGACCCCACCUCCGAGAGGUGGUACCACGGGCACCUCUCUGGGCGCGACGCUGAGAAGCUGCUUACGGACAAGGGCAAGCCUGGCAGUUUCCUGGUGCGCGAGAGCCAGAGUAAACCAGGUGACUUCGUGCUCUCUGUCCUCACCAACGAGGAGAAGCAUGAAAACGUGGACCGCAAGACCAAGGUUACCCACGUCAUGAUCCGAUACCAGCAGGAUGGGAAGUAUGACGUGGGUGGAGGAGAGAGGUUUGACACGCUAGCUGACCUGGUGGAUCACUACAAGAAGAACCCCAUGGUGGAGAAGAGUGGAAUUGUUGUUCACCUCAAACAGCCCUUCAAUGCCACCAGAAUAAAUGCAGCCAACAUUGAGAACAGGGUAAAGGAGCUCAACAAAGUGGCGGACAACUCCGAGAAGCCCAAACAAGGGUUCUGGGAAGAGUUUGAGGUACUACAGCAGCAGGAGUGUAAGCUCCUCUACCCCAGGAAAGAAGGACAGACAGCAGAGAACAAGAGUAAAAACAGAUACAAGAACAUCCUCCCUUUUGACACUACGCGGGUGGAGAUCAGGGAAGCAGACGCAGAUGUGCCUGGCUCAGACUACAUCAAUGCCAACUACAUCAGAAGUAUGCAUGAAGAGGGCUGUCACGUGGAGGAGGGAAAGGUGUUCAUCGCCACCCAGGGCUGCCUUCAGAACACUGUGGUGGACUUCUGGAAGAUGGUCUACCAGGAGAACACGCACGUCAUUGUCAUGACCACCAAGGAGAUGGAGAGAGGACGGAACAAGUGUGUGCGCUACUGGCCUGACCUCAACGCCACUAAGGAGUUUGGGAAAGUGUGUGUGAAGAACGUGGAGGAGCGUCCGGCUCAGGACUACAUCCUGAGGGAACUGGAGGUGACGCGUUUGGACCGGAGGGAGCCGAUGAGGUAUAUCUGGCACUACCAGUACCUGAGCUGGCCUGACCACGGUGUUCCCAACGAGCCUGGGGGCGUGCUCAGCUUCCUGGAGCAGGUCAACCGCACGCAGAGCACCAUUCGAGACACCGGGCCCAUUGUGGUCCACUGCAGUGCAGGAAUCGGGAGAACAGGCACCAUCAUUGUCAUUGAUAUUCUCAUUGACAUCAUCAACAGACAAGGAUUAGACUGUGACAUCGACAUCCCCAAGACCAUCCAGAGGGUUCGUCAGCAGCGAUCAGGCAUGGUGCAGACGGAGGCCCAGUAUAAGUUCAUCUACAUGGCUGUCCAGCAGUACAUUGACACGGCACAGAAGAGACUGGAGGAGGAGCAGUUGGAGCCCCAAGCAUUUCAUGAUAGCUUCAUUCAAAGGAACAAUCAAGAUAAACCCGAGAUACAGAGGAAUAAGACAAAGGAAAGGGAGUACUCCAAUAUCAAAUACCCCCAGAUGACCACCGCUCGGUCAAAACCCAACAUGACCUGUGUAUCACGCUCCUCCUCUGUGGUGACGAACGACGACCCGUCCGCUGUGUAUGAGAACCUGAACAUCAAGAACCCAAGUACCUCUGGGAACAGCAGUAACACCAGGAAGUAAAAGUUGAGCCACAGACCUCUGCCUCUCUCAACCUCUCUUUUCAACAGAGGUGCCGCUUCGCCAGCGCACCAUGGGGGACCUGUGGAGCUCUGGCCCCUGACCCCUGGCAGUGGAACCCCCCCCCCUCCCGCUGCCCUCUGCUGGCUGUCUGGAGCCUCCCUCUCCAAGGAGAAGAGUCGAGAUAGCAGCACAGUGCUCUUGUCCUUCUAUCUCCACCCCCCAUCUCUCCCUCUCUAUCUCUCUCUCUGAAUAACUUCAAGUCUCUACAGCCUCUCCUGUCUACGGACAAAGUGCCUCGUCUACAGACAUGUCUGUUACCCCCGUAUUUGGUCCCACAGUUGUUCCAUCUCAUCCCCUAACCCACCAACCAACCCAACAAAUGUCCUUUGCUUAUUUCUGUAGACUCUCGAACUAAAUCGACACAAGAAACAAACAAUGAAGCACUCAAUGUUUAAGUGAUGUUUUGCUCCAUCGUGUUCAACCAUGAAUGGGGUGGACGGGACAAGAAAGGGUGAAGCUAUGCCGUUUCUCUUUGCGCUGUUGGAAUCCUCUCUCUUUCUCUCUCUCUCUCGCUCUCUCUCUCUCAAUUCAAUUCAAAGUGCUCACUCUCUGCUGGCUGUCAUCUACUUGAACCAAAGACUCUAGCAAUGUUCUGUUUUUGCUAGCAGCAGUCAUUACUGCAGCGUUGAGUAAUGGCGGCGAAACAGUGAAGCGAUCUGCUACCACUGAGGCACUGGCACGGACAAGCAAAGUCCUUACAACCCUAUCCCAUGAAAGGCAAGAGGAAAGUCAGGAUAUUCUUAAUGGGCCUUUGUCAGUGGGGAGCUGAUUUGUUUAUCUUAUUGGUUCCACCGAUGGUCUUUUGUGCCAUGCUCAUCUACUGUAGUGGUUCCACCAUCACAGCUACUGAGAGCCUAUUCAAUCAAGGAUAAUGAGCUCCUCUCCAGACUCCAUUUUGUUUCUUGUCCUGUGGUUGCUGGAAGGGGAGGGCUUGAAGCUCAAGGAGGGGGAGCUUGAAGCACCAAUUUACUUGUGCAAUUUUUCUAUUUAUUUAGUUUUAAACUGUGUCCUUUCAAUUAAUUCUUGUUUCUUUUAUUGUUAUUAUUGGUGUGAUUUUGUAAUGUACAGGACAUGGUUUUCAAUGUUAGUGCGGUAUUGCCUCUGAAUAAAGAAAGAUCCAAUUCCAUUAUUAUCAGUCGACAAAAAGCACAAUUCUCUGAAUUUGCAGUUGCUUUGCAGAUCCUGUUUUAUAUGUGGGAAAUUUGAGGUCAACGUCAAACGAUAAAAUCGGUCGGAUCUGCAGUCUUUCUCUCUCUGUGUAGGUUGUAACUCCUAAUCGAAUGGCAUAAUAAACUGGGUUAAAUAUUUGCCAAGUGAGAGAUAGACAAGGGUAGCAGAAAAUGAGAUAGGGGAGAAGAAAUGUCAGGAUGCUAGCCAGGCUGCCAUCACUGAAGUCUUUAUGAAUAUUACUGGGCCAGAUGGCCUACAACCCAAGAUUAAAGAGUAGAUUUGUCUCCAAAAAGUAAUUUACAAGAUGGUUAUAAUCCAGGCUUGACUUUGUUUUCGGAGAGUAAAAAACGGCUUCAGUGAUGAUGUCAUAGGAAGGGUGACACCACACAGCAAAGAGCCUUCAGUUAUAUAUAUAUAUAUAUAUAUAUAUAUAUAUAUAUAUAUAUAUAUAUAUAUAUAUAUAUAUAAUGGGCAGUGGCUUCUUUCUUAACUAUUCUUAGCAUUUUGCAUAAAAAUCUCAAUUCUAAGGUGUUCACACUGGAUUUAGCCAGCGGCUCAAGGAUGUCAUCCUUUUGAGCGACCCUGCUGGUUGGCUACAUAGAUGCUGUGCAGUGUCGUCUGCUGGUUGGCUACAUAGAUGCUGUGCAGUGUCGUCUGCUGGUUGGCUACAUAGAUGCUGUGCAGUGUCGUCUGCUGGUUGGCUACAUAGAUGCUGUGCAGUGUCGUCUGCUGGUUGUGCAGCGCUGUUCUUGUACAUAGUGUUCAGGCCUUUCAACUAGGGCUUGACUACAUCAUCCCUUGCUCAUCCUAACACCAGUGCAGUAACUUUCAGCAAUACUGAAAGUCUGAUGUUUCAGUAUUUCCCUUCAAAUUAUGUUUCAGUAAGUCCGUUCUAAGUGUUAUAGGACACAUAUUUCGCUGCAGUUUAGUUGUUGAUAUAAUACUCAUGCUAUAAGUGGUAUGCUAUAAAUGGUAUGCUAUCCUGAAGUGAACAUUGAACAUCUUUGUCAAAGGAACCUUCUCCAUUGUUCAACUGUCUGCCGAACUUUCAAUCUUGUCCAAUGAAUGAAAAUGGACAUUUUUGGUUUCUAUUUUCUUAGGCCUAGAUUCGAUCAGAUCAAGCGUUAACCGGUGAUAGCCGACACUCGCGUAGCUGAUGUUUUGGCGGUGUCGGCAAGUGGAACUGCAUUGGCGCUGUCAAAUUAGUGAACAGCUGCUCUUGUGAUCAUUGUCACAAAGCCACACCUGUCCCACUCGCGUUAGUUCAGAAGGAGAAAGUUUAGCCUACAUAGAAAUAAUGACGCUCAAAUUGAAAAUCAUUAAGCAAAAUAAUGAGGAUUUCUAUCAGCCUAAUCGAGGUGUAGAU